CAAAUUAAACUUAACUCUCUAUGUCCUCUCUAUUAUAGGAAAGAAAAGUAUACUCCUUUAAGAGGCGCAUUAGAUUUUCAAUCCCCCAAUAAUCUCUGUCCUCUCUAACUCUAAAGCGCUUAUGUCCUUAGAAAUUGAAACCCUAAGCAAAAUCAAUCAGUCUGACCAAACCAGUGGGGUGGUACUUGCAACAAUCGCAUAGUGAGAUCUAACUUCGAUAAACGGUACCGCCGCUCGAGCUCACGGUUUAAUUACAUAUAGUCAGAUCAUUUAAGAGGGAAGAAGCACUGCCCUGCCAGAUUUUAUGAAGAAAAAGGGUCCAGCCUCUCAAUUUUCGCAAAGCAAGUCAUUCUUGCUGCUAAAGGAAGCAUCAUCUGCUAGGAACCAUUAUAGACGAAGGAGGUGCAUGCCAAAAAGAAAAAAGAAAAGCUUGGGAAAGAAAGGGAAAAAUAAGGGUGAGUGCAUCUUGGUGGACAGAAUUAGUGAGUUGCCAGAUGAAAUUCUUUUUAGUAUAGUGUCUCUUUUGCCACUAAAGGAAGCAGCAGCUACCAGUGUCCUUUCUAAGCGAUGGCAGUAUGUGUGGACGUCUACUACAACUCUCAAUUUUGAUGCUAAAUUUGAAGUCCAUGGAAAUUUAUGGCGCUUCUUUCAAAUGAAACCAGAACUGAAAGACCUGGAAACACGUAGAUACGUCGAUUGGGUAAACACUGUGGUGGAACAACAUAGAGGCCCAGCCAUUGAACGAUUUAGGGUUUGCUCUUCUAUAAAUUCUCGUUUUACAAGUUCCAUUGAUAAAUGGAUUCAUUAUGCAAUGAGUAAGAGAGUUCAAAUACUUGAGCUGGUGUUUCGUUUUGAUUUUGUUACUCCUUAUACAGAACUCUAUCAAUUUCCCCACAAACUAUUAGGUAUCAAAAACGAUUCUACCUUGAAGCUUAAGCACAAGCAUUCUGACAUUCCAAGUCUACACUCGUGUGGAUACAAUGUUGGAUUUAAGUUCCUCAAAGUUCUUCAUUUCCAGUAUGUUGAUGUGACUGGUGAAGUUCUCGAGUACUUAUUGUCUAACUGUCAGGUUCUUGAAAGAUUAACAGUGAAUUCUGCUAUGAAUUUGGUAAAGUUAAGAGUUGUUGGUCCGUUGAUUGCAUUGAAAUAUUUAGAUAUACAAUGGUGUGCGGUCCUAGAAAGUAUUGAAAUUCUUGAUGCAACAAACCUUGUUUCAUUUAUUUACCAAGGAGGUGCGAUAAACUUGCUUCUCAGUAACGUACCUUUGCUGGUUGAGGUAUCCAUUUCUGAGGAUCUUGUUGCUUCCUUCUAUAGAGAGGGUCAUUAUUACUUUAAAUCCAUAGAGCUUCCCUUCUCCCAACUCUCAAGUUGUCUUUCUCAGCUAGCGGUUCUCAUGCUGGAUAUCGAAGGAGCGAUGUACAAUGAGAAUCAUGUAUUUCCUGUAUUAGCAAAUCUCAAGCAUUUGGAACUAAUAGUUACAGCAAAUAAUCGCGGGGCUCUUUGUCAUUUAAAUUCUUUCAUGAAGGCAUCUCCUUGCUUGCGGAGACUUGUGCUGAAGUUGGGUUUCUCAUCCUUAAAAGGAGCAGGGAAAAAAGAGAGAGUUGGCAAAUGUCCCCAUCCUAACCUCAAGGUAGCAGAAAUAGUAGGGUAUCGUGCUGAAAUAUGUGUUGCUGAACAUGUCAUGUACCUUAUAAAAAAUGCCAUUGCACUAGAGAAAUUAGUUAUUGAUCCUGUUCGGCGUUGGGAGUAUCCUAGUGAAUUAUAUCCUAGUGAAAAGGAUAGGGGAGUCAAACAAGUCAAAGAGGAAGUGGAAGCAAGAGAUCAUGCUAUGCAACAGCUGAAGGGAAAAGUGGCUUCAACUAUUGAAUUUGUAUGUCUGUAGUAGUAAGUGCUGUGGUAUGAGCAAACAAACUCGAAAAGAUACAUGCUUUAUCUUUACUUGUUUAUAUAAUCUUUAAACUUAGUCCAAGCUCAGCUUCUUCUACGAAAUUAAUUAUAUGACAAGCGGGCAUUGGCGACGUUGGCAUUCA